UCCUAUUCUAUAUGUGUAACCGCUUGUCUGUUAUGUGCGCAGUUUCAUUCUUCUUUCUUCUGAGAUCUCUCUUUGUUUUAUAAAACUAAAAUACUUUAAUUCAAACAAUUUAAGUGCCUUAAUUAAAAAAAAAAUGGCAAAUCGUUCGUCAAAUAUUCCAAAAAAAUUUGGAACAUAUGACGAAUUGAAAAUUUGGCUCGAGGAUUACGAGAGAACUAAUGGUAACCGAUUCAAUAUUGUUCGAAGUAAGAGCUUGUAUAAAGUAUACAAAAAUCGGGAAAAUGUGGAUUUCAAUCCAUAUUUAAUCUAUGAUCAACUAAAAUACCAUUGCUCAACUAUGGAUAAAAAUGAACAGGUGACUUCAUCAUCAUGCAGAGCAACAUUGAGCCUGAGUACAUCCCCAUACAAGAAAAAUCUUCAAGUAGAUGGAUUUCGGGAUGACCACAAUCAUCCACCAAUGAUUCUAGGAAGAAGGGGAUCCGAAAAACAGCGGCCUAAAUUGUUGGAGGAGGCGAAAAAAUUGUGGAAAAAAAUUAAUCCACAAAAUCCAGUGAUAAUAAAACCUGCAGAUCCCUUGAUGGAGGCUGUCAUUAAAUUACGCAGAGUUGAUGAAACGGAAACCACGGAAAGAAGAGAAUUCGUUUCAUUUUUGGAAACUCUUAAAGGGAAUAUCGAUAUCGACAGUAUACUUGCUAACAAGAAAAAAAUUAAUCUAAUGCAAUUAAAAGAAAUAAAUAAAGAUAAUGUUAGCAAGUAUCUGCGAUUCGAUAUAGAAAAACAUCGCGUUUAUUUUGAGCAACCUGCACUAAAAUACUUCAAUAUAUUACUUGAGGGAACAAAAAAAGUAAAUUAAAAAACAUUACCUCAUGCAUAAAGACUACCACUGAUUACUUAUUUUACCCUGAUAUCUAAAACACACUAAUUAUUAUAAUUGCCAGCGUCUAACCGUGCCAAG